UGUUAGCUCGCGAUAGCGACAGGAAUCGCGUUGCAUUUUCGUGGAAGUGCCUCUGCCGCAGCAAGCGCCUUGGUUCCUUAAAGUACAGAUGAGAUGACUAGCUUUAAUAUCAUUGCAAGCCGCGCUGCUUGCGCUGUCUGGACGAACGGCCGAACGCUAUUCGUCGCCGUGUUGUCGCUCUUGGUCGUCGUUGCGGGCUUUCAAACCUUGCUUUGGCAUGCCGUGCCACGCCACCCUGGCUCCCCACUCCCUAGCAGCCAGCGUGUCGGCGACUGCAACUGCCGACCACGUGCGCCUGGCGGGCGGCAGCAGCGCCCGUGAGGGGCGCCUGGAGCUCUUUAAUGGCACCGUGUGGGGCACCGUAUGUAACCAAGGUUUCAGUGACGCGGACGCUGUGGUGGCGUGCCGCGAGCUGGGCUACGUCGCCGGGGCCGCUGCUGGUGGAGGCGUGUUUGGGGACAGCGCCAGCACCGUCGGACCCAUACUGCUAAGGAAUGCAAACUGCAAUCCAAGCCAGCACGCGCAGCUCCUGGACUGCCCAGCCGAGUAUGGGGUGGACUGCUGCUGCAGUCACGACGAGGACACUGGCAUACGUUGCUACGGUGGCGUUCCGAGCAGCAGGAGCCCCCCGCCUGCUGCCAGUGGCCCGAACGCCAACAGCACCAGCGGCGCAGGCCCUGCUUCUGCGGCUGCGCCGCGGCUGCUGCAAGUCCGCCUGGCUGGCAACGGCAGUUCAUUGCAGGAGGGACGCGUGGAGCUCUUCGAUGGCGCUACGUGGGGAAGCAUCUGCGAUGAUGGCAUGUACUACGGCUACGCUGAUUUGUACGACGCGGAUGCCUCUGUGCUCUGCCGUGAACUGGGCUUCUCAUACGGACUCAUGCUAAAUACAUAUGCGCAAGAGUUUCCCUGGACGUACGACCAGGAUGUGCCGCCCUUUGUGACGGGAAUGCGAAGUACUGCGUAUUUCCAGCAGGGUGCAGACACGCCGCUUCAGGACUGCUUUCGGCCGUCGUGGCGCCGCAGUGUGUACAGUGGCUGCGGGCCGACCGACGUGGUGUCAAUCUUCUGCACCAGUGAUCCAUUGGAGCUGUCCGCGCACCGAGCCAGUCUAAGCGCGGGAAACGAUGCCGCCUCAUUGCUGCCGCCACCGCCGCCGCCGUCACCGCCGCCGCCAUCGUUCACGCCCGGGCCUUGUGAGGUGCCUUUCGAUGAGUACUGCAUCCACACCGGGGCGCUGCUGUUGAACAAGACCGUGGACUGCGACGGUGACGGCCUGGCCGACGUCAUCUGCCUCAACACGGAACCAUAUUUCAGCUACCCAAUCAACAUCUUCUGGGUGCUUCGCUCUUCAGACGGAUGCGCCUACAACAGCCCGCCCGAGUGGAGUGGCACGUAUGGGGCUGUGGUGGACCCGGCGCUGUGCCCGGCCGCGUUAGGAGCUGGCGACCCCCUCAAAAGGCUGGAGUUCAAUCUGGGCCGCGACUUGCCACAAGGGGGCAUCGAGGGCCAAGUGCGCCUGGUGGGCGCGGGGGCGUCGAGCAGCGCUGGCGCCUUGCAGCUCUACCACGCCGGCACGUGGGGGCUUGUCAAGUGGGAGCCGCGUGGUCGGGAUCCCUACUCGCGCUUCAUCGCGGCGGCGGCGUGUCGGCAGCUGGGGUUUGAGGCAGGGGUGUUAAAGCUUCAGGCCGGUACUGUGUACGGCUCUGUGGCUUCGCCGAUAUGGGCCCUGGAGCUGGGAUGCGACUACUACCACAGCCGGCUUGCAGACUGCGACGUGUUUGCAAACAAGGGCGCAGUUGCUUUGGACGCCUCUCUUGCCGUGGACUUUGUUGGAGUCGAGUGCUACGCAGCCCCACCACCGCCUGCGCACGGCGGCGUGGCCAUGGAGACUGAGGGGGCGCUGCGGCUGGUGGGCCGACCGGAGGACGUGAGGUCGGGCCGCGGCACGAUACAGCUGUACCAUGCCGUGGAGUGGAGCACAAUCUUCGAUUGGGAUUGGAACCGCGACGCCGCCCAUGGAGUAUGUGUGGCGCUGGGCUACGCAAGUGGCAACGCCGUCUUAAACUCAGGACCCACGUACGGGAUCCUGCCUGGCCCAAUACUGCCGGAGUUCUUCCGAUACCCGCUUGUAUGCAACUCGUGGCGGCGGAACUUCAGCGCGUGCCUUGACGAGUACCUGAGUCUCUUGGACGCACCGCCCUUUGACCUCUACCCCGACAACCAGUACUCCAACGUCGCCGGCGUUGAGUGUUAUGAUGACACACCUGGGCGCGAGGGGGACAUUCGCCUUCGGGGCGUCAGCAGCAGCGGCAGCGCCAGCGCCGGCACAAUCGAGGUUUUUCACGAUGGGACCUGGGGAACCAUCCACCAGGCUAACUGGGACUGGCGCGGUGCGGCAGUGGCGUGCCGGCAGCUCGGGUUCGUCACCGGCCGACCUGUCUACAACUCAGCCUACUUUGCGUCUAGCCUGGGGCCCGUGUGGACUUCAAACGUACGCUGUUCGGAUGACGCCGUCGCGUAUGGCGGCCGCCUGCUGGACGACUGCUCCCAUGACGACAUGUACGAUUCGUACUACAGCGGCCGGCACGACCAAGACGCGGGCGUGGAGUGCCAGGGCGGCCCGGUACCGGAAGAGGGCGCGUUGCGGCUUGUGAAUAGCCCGCUACCCAACGCAGGCCAGGUGCUCAUCUUUUCUGGAGGCGUCUGGCGGUCGGUAUGUGCGCUCGCCUUCGACAUCCUAGACGCAACCGUUGUGUGCAGGCAACUUGGCUACAACGGAUCAGCACACCUCGUGUAUCCCUCCGUUGAUACCCAGCCCCCGGAUAGCAUGUCGAGUACUCAGCAGACACAGGCGGUCUGGUCCAAGUGUGGGUCCUGCCUGGGGAACGAAACGCGACUAGUGGACUGCGCAACUGAGUGCGUGGCGGACAGCUCGUGGUGGUGUGCGGACGCCGUGGCCGCAGUGCACUGCACCGAAGGGACUGCGCCUGUCAACGGCGGCCUUCGACUUGUCGGCGGCGGUCAGCAGGGGGCGUUGGCGGCUGGCAGCGGCGGCAACAGCACCACCACUGCUUGGGGGCAGCUGCAGAUUGCGGUGCACGGCGUGUGGGGGGUCUUCUGUGACUGGAGCUGGAACGGGUAUACUAGCUGGACACUUGCCCACGUGGCGUGCCGACAGCUGGGUUACGACAGUGGCCGCAUCGCAUCAUCGGGAGUAUAUGGCGUAGGCCAUCGCAUGCCGCAAUUCAAGUCGAGUCUACAGUGUUACGGAAACGAGACACGGCUUGUCGACUGUGCCCAGGACGCUGAUGCCAUGCUGGGCGCCCCCUGGUCCUCAAUUCAGCCUUACCUAACAAACGGAGAAUAUGACCCUACUCAGCAGUGGAAUGGGAACCCGUGUGGGACGGUGGGCGUCAUCUGCUCUAGAGCAGGAGGGCCCAAGCCGUCACAGCCAUGGGCGGUGCGCCUCGUGGGUGGCCCUGCUGCCGGGCCGCACAUGGGCCGCCUGGAGAUGUGGUGGGCGGCUGUGUCCACGUGGACAACAACCUGCGAGCAGGUUGGCUCAUGGCGCACUGCUGCCGUGAUCUGCCGACAGCUUGGCUUCACGGGGGGCAGGUUUGUUUCGGCCGCAGUCUUUGGGCCUGGCACUGGCGGCGCGGUUACCGGCGCCUGGCCAUACAACUGCCGGGGCAAUGAGACAGGCCUUGCGCAGUGCGAUAUGCCGAGCAGCCCUAACGAAUGCUACGGCGGCCACGAUGCCGACGUUGGCGUCGUGUGCGAGCCCGCACCUGCUGUUGCACAGCAGCCUGAGGGUCAGCAGCAGCACGGCUCGUCAUCGCCGCCGCAGCACCAAGCGCUAGGCAUCCUGCAGCAGCAGCAGAAGGAGCCCGCGGCCGAGGGAACAGUGCGCCUGGUUGAUGGGCGUGGGCCGUGGGAAGGAAGGCUUGAAGUGUACACGGCAGGUCUAUGGGGGACCCUUAGCUCUAACCUGCUGAUUUCAUACGAGGAUACCUUCGCAAAGACUGUCUGCCGGCAGCUGGGGUUCUCGGGUGGCGUGUUCCAAAGGCCUGAUUAUGCCUUUAAUGACGCAAGCAGCUGCUACUUUCGCUGCGGCAGCGACUUCUCAACGCCAGCGGUGUGGGGCGCGCCUCUGAACUGUUCCGAUGAUGAUGCGCGGCUAGCUGACUGCGCCGGCUUUGAGAGCCUGUGGGACGCACUGGUCCCUGACCACGGCUAUGACGUGGGCGUGCGGUGCGACCCGCCGUCCACGUCACUGCAUGUGGAGCUGGAGCUGCCGUCCGCAGUUCUGCAAGAGGCCACACAGCCCGACAGCUGGACGGCGAACGCGUACUGCGCCGAUGACUCGCUGGCAUCUGGUGCAGCGUUCCGCUUUGUGGACUCUGACCGCUACUACACAGGAGCUUAUGCGUGGGGCUCCACAGGGAUUCGCUUCUCAUGCUAUCAGGACGGAGUUCAGCUCUCAACCCUGGAGCCGCCGGCAAAUGGACGCUUCACCUCAGACGUUACUGUGUGGAACGCAAGCGUGGAGUGUCCGCAACAGCUGAUCAACGGAAGCGGAGGCGGCCGCAUGCAACCGUACAUUGUUGGUGCGCGGCUAAGGGUUUCCGGCUCUUUCUUGAACGGGUCAUACGGCUUGACGGCUGGCAGCGAUAUCCCAGCAGGCGGUGUUGGGUCGCCGCCGGUGCCCAACGUCCUCGGCAUCACGGGCCUCGAGCUUCGCUGCAGCAACGGAGCCACGGCAUCUGUCGCGGGUCUGGGCGUGGGUGCAUGGGGAAACUGGACGCUGUGCCCGGCCGGCACGGCCGUGUGUGGAGCGUCACAGCAGCUAGGAUAUCAGGAUUGCCAGCAGCAACAGGAGGAUGGCACAGUUUGUUUGGGCCUGGUCGGCGUCCGGCUGGUGUGCUGCCCAGUUCCCAAGGGCUACAUAAGCGAGACAGGCACGCGUGUUGUACGGCUGGCAGGCGGCGCGGGGCCGCCAGGCGUGGGCCGCGUGGAGGUCUGGUCGGAGGAGGACAAGGACGUGGAGGGAGGCGGCGGCUGGCGGGUGCUCACAGCCUCGGGAUGGAGCGCCGCGGCCGCGCACGUGGUGUGCCGGCAGCUGGGCUGGGCCACAGGCACCCGCAAGGCCCUUGCGCAGGCACUCUUCGGCGCUGGAGUGCUGCCGCAGGAGCCCAGGAUUUACAACUGCACAGGCUCCGAGGCUGCACUGCACCUAUGCAAUGUCACUGCCGUUGACCUGUCCCAGCUGGGUUCAGUGGGCGUGGCUGGAGUGGAGUGCACAAACGAGCCGCCGCCAACAUGGGGCGCUGCCCGACUGGCCCCUGACGGCGAUGCAUUCGCGGCUGGCAACACUGUCUUUGGCCGGCUGCAAGCUUUCUGGAGCUAUGACUGGGGCACUGUGGCCGGCGUUACUUACAACAAUCUUGUCGGCGCAACUACUGCCGUGUGGACCAACAAGGAAGCGACCACAGCUUGCAGGUCUUUGGGCUUCAAAUCCGGGACGGCUCUAUACGCACGAGAUUUGCUCAUGGGGCCAGGCGCCGCCGGCUUGCUUGCUGGCGACCCAAUUGCGGCGUCUGGCUUGGACUGCCUUGGCACGGAAGAGUCGCUGCUGGAGUGCGGAGUUCACGACGGUGGGCUUCCAUUUGAGGACGGCAUGGGCAAGGUCCAGUCCCAGUCCCCAUGGUGGUAUUACCAGUAUUACAGCUCCAACGUUGCGGUUGCCUGCUCAUCAGACGAGCCUUUGCCUUCCGGCAGCCUGCGCCUGGUGGCGGGUGCCAGCCCCUCGGAGGGGCGGCUGGACUCCAUGUUCAACUCAACGUGGGGACCAGUCUUCACGUAUGGCAUGUUCCCGGAAAGCUUUGACGACAUGGACGCGCAGGUUGCAUGUGCGCAACUCGGCUAUGCAAGUGGACGGGCAGUGGUCAACGGCUGGCAGCGCAGCCAGCAGGCGGCAUGGCUGUCAAGGCUGGUGUGUCAGGGCGAUGAGCGGGACCUGAUGAGCUGCCUCCCGGGCCCGAAUAACAACAUGGUGGUGGCACAGUCAUCCUCUGGUGACAAUGCGCAGGCCGGAGUCAUCUGCUCAAAUGAGCCCCGGCCUGCAACCGGUCAAGUCAGGCUGGCUGGCCAGGAUCCCGGCCUGCCCAACCGCGGACGGCUGGAGAUUGGGGCACACGGCCAGUGGGGCACUGCCACAUUUAAGGGCGGGUGGACAUGGCAAGACUCUCACGUCGCCUGCCGGAGCCUUAAAUUUAAGAGCGCCGAAGCAAUGGCCGCUGGCACCGGCUGGGAUCUUGCGUUGCUUCCUGUGUGGAUCAGUAACAUUUCAUGCUCUGGGCAUGAGGCGCAUCUGGUAGCCUGCGCGGGCUGGCCGCUUCAGGCUGCAGCCAUCACACCUCCGGCGGCGUUGGACGACAACGGUGUCAUAAAGGGAGUGGGACAGCCUGUGGCAGACUACUACAGAGUAAUCCUGACAUGCUCGGACACCGAGCUCCCACCAGAGGGCUCCAUCCGGCUGACGGGCGGAGCCGUUCCACACAUUGGCCGCCUCGAGGUGUUUUGGAGAGGUGCAUGGUCAACCUUAUCACUGCAGAGUUGGCGGGGGGAAGUUUUUGGCCAGUCCGAAGCGGCUGUCGUUUGUCGCGAACUUGGGUUCGAGCCGCUCCAUGGCAACACAUCCGAGAUUUCCACCGGAAACUUUGGCCCAGACAAUAUGUUCACGCCUGUGUUGUCCUACCCGAUUAACUGCACGGGCAGCGAGCCGACGCUCUGGAACUGCGCCCGCCAGCAGCAACAGGAUGAGCCUGAGGUGAUCUUUAAUGGGAACCCGUACGAUAACUCAGGCGCGCGUCCGCUGUACGGUCACGACAGCGAUGUGGUCGUACGCUGUGCGCCGCGGGCUGGCCCGGAUGGUCCGGACUCACAACUGCCGCCACGACCGCCCAGCCCGCCGCCGCAGCCUCCACGCCCUCCGAAACCUAGUCCACCUCCGCCCCCACCCCCACCAUCUCCGCCGCCGCCUCCAGACCCGCCAUCACCUCCUAGCCCAGAGCCCUCGCCCCCAGAACCACCCCCCAGCCCCGACCCGCCGAGCCCGGGGCCAUGGCCGCCGAGUCCCGAACCAAGUCCUCCCGAGCCGCCAAGCCCCGAGCCCUCCCCGCCGGCACCGCCGCCACCAGGGCCCGAAUUUGCGUUGUUCACGGUGGUCCCCUUCACCCUUCCACUGGAGGGUGGUGUGCUGACCCUGUCUGGUCGGUUUGACUUGGGUGGGCAACCGGUUGGCCAGCAGCCGCAAAACAUUUCCUUUGGUUGCCGCUUCGACCAAUUCAAGGAGGGUCUGCUGUCUGGUGCCGGUGACCAGAGCGAUUCAGUAACUUCAACUGUGCAGGCAAUACGUGUUUCGCGUGCCGCGCUGCGCUGCACCGCGCCUUCGGCCACCACUCCUUCGGCUGUGUUGGCGGUUACCGUGACGCGCACGCCUGCGCGCAACGCUGGUGUGCUUCUGAAUGACGCAUCCAGCGAGUCACUCACAUACCGUGCCAACAUUACGUAUUACGGCAACUGCCAAAACAACUGCAGCGGUCACGGGACCUGUCGCUUCGGCAUUUGUGUCUGCAACCCGGGUUGGACUGGAGGGGCUUGUGCAGACCUGUCACCGGAGCUUGCGGUAGCUUCUCUGGACGGUGGCCCAGCGGCGGGAAAAUCUGUAACGCUAGUGGAAGGCAGCAGCUGGCAAGCUCAAACCAGGCUGCUCCAUGACGUCCCAGUCAACUGGGUUCUGACGACGAGCCCAGCGGGCGGCGCCAGGGGCCUGCAGAUUGAUGAUGUCUCGGGAUCGCUUGUCUGGCCUGUGGUGUCCUCUUCCAGUCCGGACGUCCUGGACAUGAACAAAACCGCAGUCGACGUGACCAUAGCUGCUAUCGCAGUGCGCGAUGGGAGGACAGCAAUGUACCGCUUCUCUGUCAUUGUCGUGCCAUUGUACGGCGUGACGGAGUUGAGCCAGCAGGGCACACUGAACGCGAGUGGCGGCAGCGGGGCUAGUGUCAAGGCCGGGGGCGUCCUUGCUCUGGCGGGUCGUGUAUCAUAUUACCCGCGAUCGCUUGCGGCUCUUAAUCAGAGUGGCAAUUACUCUACUGGACUUCCCAGCCUGAAGGGCGUGCCAGUGGUGCUGCGCAUCAUGCCAGCUGCGGCUGCCAGCAGCGGUGCGGCGAAUGUGACUACUGGUGGCGCCGGCGGGUCGGCUGUGGAGCUGAGUGUGCUCACAACCACCGCAGACGGCCGCUUCGUGGUGCAGUGGCCGGUGCCCCAGUCAGCCCGUGGGGCACUGGAUGCGGUGGCGGCGCACCCCGCGGCACUACGGGUGCUCAACUGGACAGACCCCCAGCUGCUUGACUGGAUCGCGCAGCCGCCCGCCACGGCUGGCGGCGAGCCCGCACACAAUGCAUCCAGUAGCAACAGCACAGCAAGCAGUUUCAUGCCGCCGCAGGGCCUUGGUGUGCCGCUGCCUCUGGCGGGACAGGUGCAGCGUCUCCGUACUGCCGUGUCGUUCCUCUACUCCGUGGUGGACCCGCGGGCCUACUCCACAACCGGCGGUUUGGACCCGCGGUUCGUCAGCCCCACGCUCAACCUGGACCCUGCACAGAGCGCGCUGCUGGACCCAUACGUGGUUCUGGUUGGCACCGUUGAGGAUCUCGCCGCAGUCACCUUCAGCACCAAAGUGGAGCUUGUCAGCUUCACAGGGAUGCCGCCCACUCUCCAGGUUAGCGCCAAGCUGACACAGGAGCCAGCCCCGGCAUGCGGUGGCAUCCAAAGCACUGCCGGCUCGGGCAGCGGCGACAACAGCUCGACCCCAACCGCGGCACUGCCGCCUGCCGUGUCAGAUCUCAUUCGCAGCGUCUGCUUGACCAGCAGCAGCGGUGGGGCAGCUGGUGGUGGCGGCGGUGGCGCUGCUGGACCCGCACGCAGGAGGUUGCUGCAGGAGGGGUCGUUGGCACCGCAGCCAGGGCUGCUGGCAGUCGCCCACGUGGCGCUACAGACGCAGACGAUGGCUGGCGAGCCUGGCGGCGGAACGCAGGCGGCAGAAUUUGAGGUCACCGUCAGUGUCCGCGGCAGGGGCUCGGGUGACGCGGCCGAAACCACUCAGCGGCUGCGGGUUCUUGUGGAGGCUGCAGAGGUCAAGCUGGUUAGCGACCCCGCCAGCGGCAGCCUUGCAGCGGUGCUGCCGCCGGGUGGAAGCACGCUGCUAUCAAUGGCAAUUCGCAAUGAGGGUAACACACCUUCCGGGGCGCUGUCUCUGCCGGCGUUUCCACCGGACAUGUCCUGGAUAGAGCCAGUUUCGCCGCUGCCUAUCCCAUCCAUCCCACCGGGCGGCGCAGCCACUCUACAGCUCAUGUUAAGAGUCCCGGAAGGCGCCACAGUGGGACAGACAUUCACCGCACAGGGAAUGCUUGCUGCUGCAAGCGGUGAUGUGGCGGGCGCGGUGCCGUUGUCAGUAGAGCUUGCGGUUGCGACUGAACCAACAGGCAGUCUUGAGGUUUCUGUUGUGGACGAGUACACAACGUACAGCCCCACACAACCCCGCGUGGCCGGGGCUCGACUGGUUCUCAAGGGACCUGACGGCUCCAUCAAUGCACAGGGCCUGACCAACAGCUCAGGGUUGUACGUGUUUUCUAACAUCACCGCUGGAUACACCUACUCCAUUGACGCGUUCAGCUCUAACCACUCGGCUACUUCACGCACAGUGGCAAUCACAGGUGGCCGGCGGCAGCUGCGCAUCUUUCUGGCCCGCACAGCCGUGCGUGUGACCUUCUCAGUGGUGCCCACUACGUUCGAAGAGACAGUGGAGGUGACAGUCAAUGUGGAGUACAUCACGUUUGUGCCCAUGCCAGUGAUCCGCAUGGAGCCAGCACUCAUCUAUUUUGAUGAGCUCAACGACUAUAGCCUCGGACAGCCCCUGACCAUGCGCGUCAUCAACACUGGCUUGAUCGCAGCGCAGAACGUUCGCGUGCGCAUUCCCCAGCCUGGCCCGAUGUACAUGUUCGACUUUGCUGGCGCGCGCUGGCUGCAAAAAGAGAACGUGACUGCGAACAACGAGACGGCUAGCGUUGCCUUCUACCCGCCCGGUCCUGCAGCGGAGCUGGCCUGGAGCAGCGCCGUGCAGGCGGAUGAAAACAGCGAUGGCUCCACUCUGUCAUCAAGCACGCCCAGGGCAGAUCUUUACGGCGAAGGCCGCGAGUUUGUCUUGCUGAUCGGCCGCAUGCCAGCGAUGUCGGAGCUUGCGUUGGACCUGAGCGUCAGUCGAGAUACUGAGCUCUACAUUACUUCACUCGGAGCUGCCAGUGCCAACAGACGCCGCCACUUACUGGGGUCCGAAACAGAAAGUGAAGGCCCUGUAGCUGCACACGAUCGUUUGCCACGGCGGCGGCGACUGCAAGCUGGUUGCAACACUUACCGGUUUGGCAUCCAGUUCUCGGAUGCAUGCGAUCCGAGCAAAAGCACCGUAUUCGGCGACGGUCCAUCAAUCAUUCCCAGACAUCCACAGUGCUCUACCGGUGGGAACCUAGAACUUGUAGAGGGAACUGGUGGGACCGGCGGGGGCCCGCUCAACUGGUAUGUUGCGACCGGCAGCGGUGUCGGUGUCGCCGAGAUCCCAACUCCAGACAUCUGCAACAAGUGCGUCCAAGGGAUGUUCUCAGGCGCGACAUGCAUCAUUAAGAACGUGGCUCCCACAGAGGAAAUCAAACUCCUUGGCGACGUUCUGGGCCAGAUCUUUGGAGUCGUGUCGAAGUACAGCGUCGGCGUGGUCGCAGGCCGUCGGCGGCGGCGGCUCAGCAGCCACGGAGUGCACCCAGCCGCCGCCGCCGGCAGGGCCUCUGCCACGUAUCCAUAUCGUGACAUGAGCGGCCCCAUUUCCUCAUGGGACAAUGAUGCAUUGGACAUUUCAUUCAAGAGCGGCCAAGAGCUGCAGCCGCGCUCCCGGGGCCUUAUGGGUCUAUUCAAGGCCGACAGCAUUGUGGGCGCUGUAACAGGCAUAUCUGGGCCUGGCGAUCUUGUGGUGGACCUUAUCAAGACUGUUACAAUCAAAAAGCUCAAGCUCCCCGGCUGCUUCGUUGACAUGGCGUUGAAGUGCGCGGGCAUGUGGGGCCAGAUCAGCGGCGCUGUAAACAGCGCUACCGGGCCCAUCGCCGCAGGCAUAAGCGCUGCCGGAAAUGCCAUGGGUUUCCCGGGCUCUGCAUCUCCGGGCUCGUGGCUGGGAGCCGCGACGCAGGGUGCUGCUGCUGGCGCGAGUAGCAGUGGCUCCAACCGCCGGCACCUGCUGACGAUGACGGACGACGCCGCUCGCGGCGUUUGGGGCGCUCAUCAUCAUCGCUAUGUUGGCGAUGACACGCUGACGCCGCAGCUUACAUCGGCUGCUGUGCUCCCACGCCGGCGACAAGACCUGGGUGUAUCGGCAAAGGUCCCAGACCCUGACCCAAUUUUCUACUCGCCAGCAGGCAAGGCAAUCGUGCGCUGGUCCGCAGCCGUUCUUAUGUUCAACACAGCAGCCAUGGAGAUGUGGAGCCCAGAGUACUACGAGGAGUGGAUUUCAUCUAACUACCCGAAAGAUCUGGAGGCGGAGUGGCGAGCUGCAUGGGAGGCCGCCACGUCGACCGCAUCGCGAGCAGGCCCCAUCGUGGACUGGGAUGCGGAGGCGCCAGUCCUGCUGGGGGAGCACUAUGACGUGCUAGUGUCGCGCGCCGCGCGCGAGAUGCUGAUCGCAAGGUGGAACGCGACCUUCGACCCGAACGGCGUCGACCCGAUGAGCUACAUCAACCAGACCACAGGUCUGGGGCCCAUGAGUGGGAUCUUGCCGGACGGCAGCCCGCGGCCCAUCGACCUGGCCCGUGUGACGUUGGCGCAGCUUACCUAUCUGAAUGAGACCGUUGCCGCGCUGGAGCUGGGCUACAAAAGCUGCUUCGACGCCCUGAACGACGCCAUCACCGCGCUCGUGGCACUGAACGUGGCCGCACAGAGCGGCGGCGGCGGCGGCAGCACGUGCGUCCGGGUGGUCAUCCAGCUGAGCCAAUCGCUGGUGCUGACACGACAGGCUUUUGAGGCGACUCUGGCGUUGGAUAACGACGCGGAAGCGGGCGGCGACCCCAUCACUGACAUCUCCGUGGAACUCGAGGUGUGGGAGCAGACCAGCGGGCAGCCGGCCAGCAACGGCACCUUCGCUGUCGGAGAGCCGCUCCUCGAGGGUGCGUUCGAGGGCGCCGGGCCCUGGUCCCUGGCUGCCGGCGGCUCCGGCACACUGCGUUGGCUCAUGGUACCCCGGGUCGCUGCGGCUCUGUCGAACGACACGUGGUACGUCAUCGGCGGCACACUCAGGUACACGCCGGCACCCGGUCUGCCACAGGAGGUGGUGCCGCUGGAACCUGCCAACAUUCGCGUGUCGCCAGAGGGGCGUCUGGAUGUGCGCUACUACAUCGAGAAAUGGGUGCAGGGUGACAACCCCUUCACGCCGGAGGUGGAGCCCUCGCCGCCCGCGGCCUUUGUGACGCUGCUUACCAACGUGGGCGGCGGACCGGCACGGGCGCUGGAGAUGCAGUCGCUACAGCCCAAGAUUGUGGAGAACGAGAAGGGCCUGCUCGUGGCCUUCAACAUCACCGCUGUGGCUGUGAAUGGCCGGCCGCAGCCGCGCGCGCUGCAGGCGGCGGUGGGCGACCUGUCACCCAACAGCUCGGCACUGGUGGUGUGGAGCCUGCGCUGCAGCCUGCAGGGCACCUUCACCGGCUUGAACGCCUCCUUCACCACCCGCAACCCCCUGAACGACCCCACGCUCUCCUCCGUGUCGCGUGUUGCCCUUUACGACAUGCUGCGCCUCACCUACAUCACCGGCGCUGGCUUCGACGACGGGCUGCCUGACAUGCUGGUCACACAGCUGGACGACGACCAACGCAAGGCAGGGCUGGCACCCGCACCUGCGCCCGCCAGCAGCAACAGCAGCAAUGCCGGCAGCAAUACCACCAGUGGCGCCGGAGGGAAUGCCGUUGGCAAUGCCACUGACACGGCGAAUAACGGUUCCUCGCCAGCCACCUCCAACCGCCACCGCCUUCGCCGCCGCGCCGCCGCCGAGUCCAUCUUCAACAUCACCACUGCACUGCCGCUGCCCACGCAGCUCCACAGCAGCAAGGACGGGGCAGUGCUGCCGCUCGCGGUGGUCCCUGCGGCCGCCGUCACGGCCACCUCCGUCUCAGCCGCGCUCACGGGCGCUGACGCCGCCGCUGCUGCUGCACGUGUCGACGACGGCCGGGCGGUUGUGGUGGUUGAGAUCCGUGUGGACGGUUCUCAGCUGCAGGCUCCCAAACUGCCGCCUGCCAGCGCCACCGGGGGUGCGGUCCUGACGCCUGCGACCCGAGCCACCAACUGGCAGUACCUGCGCGUGCGCACGCCGACCGAGCUCAUGCCCAGCAGCGGCUGGAGCAUCGUGCGUGCCGACGUCUCCGCCGUCGCCGCGCCCAGCAGCGGCGGUUUUAGUGGUUCUAGCAGCGGCAGUCGUACGACGCAGGUCAAACUGCCAUACAACGCCUGGUCGUCGUACCGCGCGUACAGCGAUGCAAGCAAGGCGGAUGACCAGCUGCACGUGCUGCACGACGGCUUUGUUUUGGACGUGACCAACACUGUACGGCUGGUAUUUGUACGGGGUGAGGUGAACGUGUCAGCACUGCCGCCGCAGCAGCCGCUGGCGCCGCCACCACAGCAUCCCUCGAGCAUGCCCUCACCUGUGCCGCCGGCUCAGCCAAGCAGAGACAUCGGUGGUGACGGCAGCGGUGGCAGUGGUGCCACGAAACCGCCUUCCCGUCCUCCGGCUGCGCCGCCGCCGCCGCCAACUCCUCCGCUGCCGCCGCGACCACUCGCACCUCCUGCCCCACCAUCACCCGCACCGCCCAGCCCCAAACCCCCUGUACCUCCGAGCCCGGCGCCGCCCAGCCCCACACCCCCUAAACCACCCAGCCCCGCGCCGCCCAGCCCUAGGCCACCCAGCCCAGCACCUCCCUCACCCAAGCCACCCAGCCCCCGGCCCCCGUCGCCUCCACCGCCGCCAUCCCCGCCGCCUCCCUCACCUCCUCCGCCAUCGCCACCCCCACCGUCGCCUCCACCGCCCAACCCUCCGCCGCCCUCACCCCCGCCUCCGUCACCUCCUCCACCAUCGCCGCCGCCUCCUCAUCCUCCGCCUCCGUCCCCACCUCCUCCGAACCCGCCACCACCGAACCCGCCACCGCCCUCACCUGCGCCACCUAGCCCGGUGCCGCCAAGCCCCCCGCCUCCCUCCCCGCCACCCCCCGCUCCGCCGCCGCCCUCGCCGCCGCCACCAGCGCCACCAGCGCCGCCCUCUCCUCCGGCACCGCCUGUGCGGCCGCCAUCGCUGCCGCCGCCGCCGCCUUCGCAGCGCUCACUCCUGCUGCGGUCCAACUCAGGCGGCAGCAGUGCGCCAUCGUCUGCUGCAGGCUCUCGCUCUGCAACUGCGAAUGGGCACCGCAGUCAGCCGCCGCCGCCACGGUACGCAAAGGCGGUUUCUGGCACGUUGCGCCUGAUGACCAAAUCGAAGAAGAGGCGGCGGGCCCAGCAACAGCAGGAGCAGCAGGAGCGCCAGUGAGGUAGAUCUGGUGUGUGGUUGUGGUGUUGCCGCAACCGCUGUGGCUACAUCAGCAAGCACGAGGCAGCUGCAUACAGUGGAUGCAUACAUGAUAACGAUAGUUCUGCAGGUCGGGAGCUAGCAAGGAAAUGGGUGUGCUUGCGUGAUCGCUGAUUUCAACCUUAGUAUGCAAGGACUCGGACGGAGCUGCUGAUGUGAACAGGGGAGAUAUUGAAAGUCCUUCACCCGCUGCGGGAUCAACAUUUGUAAAGCAUAUAAGUAGCUCUAAAACCGUUUGCAUGCUCGAAUGCAUUUGCUUUGAAUGUCCUAGUAUGGCCUCUGCCUCUUAUGUCGUACGUCAUUCACGUCAACGCGGACGCGAGUGCCGCAGAGGGUUGUUGACAAACAAGCAAGAAGCAGUUGUGAAGAGCAUUGAGGCGAGAUGUGCACGUGUUUCUAUUGCUCUCUCUGACUAAAAAGAAUGUGUGUGUCCUGCGCGCGCGGAAGAAGACGGUGGCUGCUGCUGUUGUUUUUUGAAGUCAGCCAUAGCAAACGGUGAUGCCAUAUGCCCUUGUGCGUGCGUGCGUGUGUGCUCAUGCACGCACGCAGUGCAUCUACUCCUUACCUGCACGAUGCAGGUCCGCGGCAUGGAUUACCUUUUCACUUUGCGUUCAUGCCGAUUUAAGACAUCGAAGACAUUGUGGGCCUGUAGAUAGCUCGAGAUUCCGCGGAAGUCGGGCAGGCAGGCUCAUGCGGGCGCCUCGAGCUACCUCAUGUGGAGGGCACUGUAAGUUGCUUGUGCC